UUUCUCUUCAUUUCCCUCAGCGACGCAGCAAGCCUCCCAGGGAAGAGAAGAAGAGAAAUUCAUUUACGUGAAAUUCAAUUUCCCGUAACUCCUCCGUUCGAGCUCCGAUCGCCGCACCGUUUGCGGCCACGCGUUCACUGCGUCGAGCUCUACAUUUCUACCGGAACAAUUUCAUAGGGACCAGAUGUCGACUCGCGGACGCGGUCGCGGGCGAGGUAGAGGUAGGACAGGCACCGUUACUCCUGUACCCACAGGGAUUGAUCCAGUAGACUUUAUGGCUGCCUUGGGAAAUAUGGCUGCAGCUAUGCAGGCAACAGCUGAGGCACUGGGUAAUCAGAUAAAUCAGGGUAAUCAUGGGAACAAUAAUGAUGAGGACGGUCCUAUGAUACUUGCUACAUUUCUGAAAGUUCGCCUUCCGACUUUUAGGGGAACCUCAAAUCCAACUGAUGCAGAUAAUUGGAUUCAGGCUAUGGAAAGGGCGUUACAGGCACAACAGAUUCCUGAAGAGCAAUGGGUUGAAUUUGGGACUUAUCAGUUGCAAGGUGAAGCUCAGUAUUGGGGGCAGGGAACACGACAACCAGAACCAAUCCAAGUGAGAGAAGAUCUAACACUCCCAGUAAUUCCGGUGAGGAUUGAUGACACCAGUGUUAAACGAUUACGAGGAAGGGAAGUAUCAUUGGUAAAAGUAGCUUGGAAACGAGCUGGUAUCGAGAAACAUACCUGGGAACUCGAAUCAGAUAUGCGAAAGGACUAUCCACAUCUCUUUUCAGAUGAUAUGUAUGCCUCAAACGGAUUUAAGCUUUCUCCUGGUAUAAUGACACAUUCAACAAAAUCUUGUAAUUUGAAUCGAGGGGUCUUCAGUCUCUCGAAUGGUUCUCUUUUUUUGAACUGA